CCUCGCACGAGUCGUUUUACUCAUUAUUGUUCAACGAUAUCAAAAGCAUUACCACUCAAGGCUACGCUGUUACUUUGAAUCGUUUUUUAACGAAAAUGAGAAGUAUUUUUCUCCUGAGAUAUUGGACCGGAAAAAACUUGGAUUGAAUUCAGUCAAGAGUGGAGCUUGCAGUGAGAGGAAUCCAGGAAAGUUCAAUCUCAUCAGCUCCGAAGAAUUUCUGUUCGAACAUUCGAGGAAUAAAGGAAAGAAGUAAGAAGGAGAGAAUUGCAGCAAAAGAUGGAUCCGAUGUCCGGAACGGAUGACUGGGAAGUAGUUUACUUCAGCCUUAGAUCGAUGCUUCGCCACAACGGAGAUCACUACAUCUCGCAGCUGAUAGCGAAACGCGAAGACGAUACAUUUUCUUAUUGGAUCAAGCCUCCGAAAGGAUUCGUACCGCCGACAGUUCCAAUUCAUGGAUUGCGAUUCCAAGGUUCUGAAGUAUUUCGGAAUAAUGAAAAGCUGCCAACUGUUUCACUCAAAAUAGCAAUAAAGCUUUUCCGCGUAUUUCUUACGACACCACCGAAGCCAAUUUUACUCGUUAGCUAUUUUGGACCAGCCAACUUCGGACACUUGGUUCAAGCCUUUAAAAAAACUGACACGGCGCACUUGUUUAUCGAUGUCAUUGCCGGUUUUUCGGAUACUUUAUUCUUAUUUGAACAAAAGUUGCCAUACAUCAAGAAAUUGAGCGAUCUUACGGUGCCAGUCCUAGUGAGGGAGGUGCUGAAUAGAAAUUAUGAAAAACAACGCGAGGAAACGCUUUAUGAUUUGGAUACUAUGGAAGAACUCGUUAACACGGCUAUACCAAAAAGGGAGAUUAUUUUAAAUAGUUACGAACGUGGAAGAGCUGUUAUGAAUGAAUUGAGAGGUCCACGAGUCCCCAGAAAUUUUCGACGUCCAGUAACGCGGGAUAGCCUCGCAGUUGGCAGGCAACCAGCAGCGAAUCCAGGUCCGUCGUCUUCCACUCAUUCAACCGAAGCUUUUCAGCAGCCGAAUUACGUUCCAAAUCCAAAUCGAUUCCAAAAUCAACAGCAGGAACUUAUUGAUGAAAUCUAUUCAUUAACGGAGGGGUCCAUUUUUCAAUACUAGGAAUCGGAAAUUAUUGAAGUUUCGGAAGCGAAGGGGUGAAUCUCUAUUUUUUUUUUUUUUUUUUCAAGUCCAGAAAACCGAUGCGAUCGCAAAAGGUUUCCGAAUGAAGACGAAAUGAGCGCUAUUUUGAAUAAAUUUAUGGCGUUUUAUCUAAGAAAAAAUGAUUCAUUCGAUUUAUGUGAAUACAAUCGAAACUGAAUAAAUAUUGUGAGCUAAAACGAGA